AUGCUAUCCUCGAGUUCGCCAAAUCGCCCACCCGUCUCCCUUUCCGUCGCGCGUCACGUCGCCAUCUCGUCGCCCGUCCCGUCGCCCUCUUCGUCGCCCUCUCUCCCCUCCUCUCCUCCCGUCGGCCUCUCUCUCGCCCCUCCCUACCGAUCGCCCUCCCGUCGCUCGCCCCGUCGCGCUCCUCUCUCUCCGCUCCCUUCCCGUCGCCCUCUCUCUCGCCCCUCCCUUCCCGUCGCGCUCUCUCUCUCCGCGCCCUUCCCGUCGCCCUCUCUCUCGCCCCUCCCUUCCCAUCGCUCUCUCUCUCUCUCCGCUCCGCCCUCUCUCCUCGCUCCUCCUUCGAAUCGCGCUCUCUCUCCGCUCCCUUCCCGUCGGCCUCUCUCUCCGCUCCCUUCCCGUCGCGCUCUCUCUCUCCGCUCCCUUCCCCUCGCCCUCUCUCUCGCCCCUCCCUUCCCGUCGCGCUCUCUCUCUCUGCUCCCUUCUCGUCGCCCUCUCUCUCGCCCCUCCCUUCCCGUCGCGCUCUCUCUCUCCGCUCCCGUCCCAUCGCCCUCUCUCUCGCCCCUCCCUUCCCGUCGUGAUCUCUCUCUCCGCUCCCUUCCCGUCGCCCUCUCUCUCGCCCCUCCUACCCGUCGCGCUCUCUCUCUCCGCGCCCUUCCCGUCGCCCUCUCUCUCGCCCCUCCCUUCCCAUCGCGUUCUCUCUCUCCGCUCCGCCCUCUCUCUCGCUCCUCCCUUCGAAUCGCGCUCUCUCUCCGCUCCCUUCCCGUUGCGCUCUCUCUCUCCGCUCCCUUCCCAUUGCCCUCUCUCUUUCUGCUCCCUUCCCAUCCUCCCUUCUCGCUCGCCUCGAAUAGCCCUCCCGGCGACCUUCGACUCUCCCAUCACGUAUGCCCUCCUUUCUCCGUCGCCUCUCUCGUUCUCCCUCUGCUAUCGCGUCAGCGUGACCCAUUCCGUACUCUGUUAUUGUGUUUGGUUUGUUUGUUUUUUCUGUCUUUCCAUCUAUUCUCGACACCCUCUCUCUCCGCCGCCUAUCCUCUCUCCCGUCGCCCUCCCGUUUCCCGUCGCCCUCCCCGUUUCCCGCCCCCCUCCCGUUUCCCGUCGCCCUCCCUUUUCCCGUCGCCCUCCCGUUUCCCGUCGCCCUCGCGUUUCCCGUCGCCCUCCCGUUUCCCGUCGCCCUCCGUUUCCCGUUGCCCUCCCUUCUUCCGUCGCCCUCCCUUUUCCCGUCGCCCUCGCGUUUCCCGUCGCCCUCCCGUUUCCCGUCGCCCUCCCGUUUUUCCGUCGCCCUCCCGUUUCCCCGUCGCCCUCCCGUUUCCCGUCGCCCUCGCGCGUUUCCCGUCGCCCUCCCGUUUCCCGUCGCCCUCCCGUUUCCCGUCGCCCCCCUUCUUCCGUCGCCCUCCCCCUUUCCUACGCCCUCCCUUCCAGUCGCCCUCCCGCCUCAAGUCCAAGGCAGCACAUUGA